AUGUCUUACUCAUGGAUCGGAGCGCCGGCCGUCUUCAAUGGCACCAACGCGGAGACCGGUGGUGAUUCUGCCACCGAGAACCUGAACCAAUGGUAUCAAUCCGGUGACCAGGCCUUCAUCAUCGUGGCCUCGUGUAUGGUGUUGAUCAUGAUGCCUGGAAUCGCAUUCCUCUACUCCGGCCUCGCUCGAAGAAAAUCCGCGCUCUCGAUGAUCUGGGUCGUCAUGAUGUCCUUUUCAGUCAUCGUCUUCCAAUGGUACUUUUGGGGUUACUCGCUCGCCUUCAGCUCCGUUGCCACCAACGGCUUCAUCGGCGACCUGCACCAUUUCGGUCUCAUGAACACCCUCGCCACGCCCUCGCCGGGCUCACCCCUGAUCCCCGAGCUCCUGUACUCCUUCUACCAGAUGCAGUUCUGCGCUGUCACCGCUGCCCUCGUCGUUGGUGCCACCGCUGAGCGCGGCCGAGUCCUUCCUGCCAUGGUCUUCACCUUCUUCUGGGCCACGCUCGUCUACUGCCCGAUCGCCUGCUGGGUUUGGAACAUCAACGGCUGGGCCUUCAACUACGGCGUCCUCGACUACGCCGGCGGCGGUCCCGUCGAGAUCGGCUCGGGCAUGUCGGCACUUGCCUACUCGUGGGUCCUCGGACGACGAAACGAGAAGAUGAUGCUCAACUUCCGCCCACACAACAUUUCCCUGAUCCUCCUGGGCACCAUUCUCCUCUGGUUCGGCUGGCUCGGCUUCAACGGAGGUUCUGCGUUCGGUGCCAACCUCCGCGCCACGAUGGCUUGCUGGAACUCUUGCCUGACCGCCAUGUUCGCAGCCAUGACCUGGUGCCUUCUCGAUUUCCGCCUGGCCAAGAAGUGGUCCCUCGUCGGUUGGUGCUCCGGCACCAUCUCUGGUCUCGUGGCCGCCACCCCUGCGUCUGGUUUCAUCCCCCCGUGGGCGUCCAUUGUUCUUGGAGUGGUCACUGGUAUCUGCUGCAACUUUGGCACCAAGAUCAAGUUUUUGGUUGGCAUCGACGACUCCCUCGAUGUGUUCGCUGAGCACGGUAUCGGCGGUAUCGUCGGCCUCAUCUUCAACGCGCUCUUCGGCGCAGGAUACAUCAUCGGUCUGGACGGUGUUAACACUGGCGUCAUCACGGGCGGCUGGUUGGACCACAACUACAAGCAGCUGUACAUCCAGAUUGCGUACAUCUGUGCAUGCUCAGGCUACGCCUUUGUCGUGUCCGCCAUCAUUGCCAAGAUCAUCGAUCUCAUUCCCGGCCUGAAGCUGCGGGCUAGCGAGGAGGCUGAGUUGCUCGGUAUGGACGACGACCAGCACGGCGAGUUCGCUUACGACUACGUCGAGGUCCGCCGAGACUUCCUUGCCUGGACCCCUGCCCAACAGGAGCAACGCAUCGACGGCGUCGGCUUGGUUCCCCAGCACGGUAUCGAGGAACACCAACAAUUGGCGAACGGCAACGCUUCCAGGGGCAGCGAAGAUGCGGAGAAGCGGGCGACCGGGUCUUCAGACAGGUCCAACAACGAAAGGACGUAG